GUUGAAAGAGUGCUGGGAGAGAAGUCAUUACCAUGAUAGAAAGUGCUCAUCCGUUAUUACAGACCCUCCUUGGAACAUUAUUCACAUGGGGCCUCACAGCUUUAGGAGCCGGCCUUGUGUUUGUUUUCCAGAGUGGGCAGAGAAAAAUUCUUGAUGGCAGUCUGGGCUUUGCAGCUGGGGUGAUGACAGCUGCCUCAUACUGGUCUCUCUUGGCUCCAGCCAUCGAAAUGGCGGAAGGCUCCGGUUUGUAUGGAAGUGAGGGACAGUGGGCUUUCGUUCCAGUUGCCAUUGGGUUUACCCUUGGAGCUGUGUUUGUUUACGGAGCUGACGUCUUAUUGCCCUCCAGUGGAAACAUGCUGAAUCCCUCCAGCAGUCUGGCUCUGAGUGUUGAAGACAGACCAAAGUAUGAGGGUUCUGAGUCCAUUCUCCUUACUGUCCAAGAGGAUAUGGUGGGGUCAUCGGGCGCAAAACCUCGCUUGAAUCAGGCAGACACAAGACAGAGGAGGACAGCAGGGUCUCCCUCAGCUUUGGAUGCAAGAUAUCAUGAAAAGAAUGGCUUAUCAAGUGCUCCGGCUCGACUGGAGAACUCGGAUAGCAAGGCCGUGAGCUGGCGGAGGAUACUGUUACUGAUCAUAGCAAUCACAAUACACAACAUUCCAGAGGGUUUAGCAGUUGGUGUUGGUUUUGGGGCAGUUGGGAAGACAAAAGCAGCAACUUUUGAAAAUGCAAGAAACUUGGCUUUUGGAAUAGGAAUUCAAAACUUCCCUGAGGGCCUGGCUGUCAGUUUACCCCUGAGAGGUUCUGGGAUGUCAACCAUGAAAAGCUUUUGGUAUGGGCAGCUGAGUGGCAUGGUGGAACCUAUAGCUGGCUUAUUGGGAGCUUUUGCUGUGUUUGUCGCUGAGCCAAUCCUGCCCUAUGCCUUGGCUUUUGCUGCUGGUGCCAUGAUCUAUGUUGUUGUUGAUGAUAUUAUUCCUGAAGCGCAAACCAGUGGAAAUGGCAAACUGGCAUCAUGGGGAGCUGUGGUUGGAUUUGUUAUCAUGAUGUCUUUAGACGUUGGGCUAGGCUGAGAUUUAUGUGACAUUUCCUUGUUGCAUAGCCUACAUCUGACAGCAUAUUGUUGAUUAGUUUUUACCAUGUAUUUAUUGAGCUUGUUGAUAGAAAUGUUUAAUGCGGGGUAAAUGUUGGGUGUAUUUUUUAUUUGCAUAAUGCCUUAAUUGACAGUAUAAGUGGCCCAAGAUAUUCUUGGGUGUUUUCAAAGUUGUUGCUUAUGUGGAAAGAGAUCUUUAUAUUAUAUAGGGAUAACAUUUUUCUGGCUAAAUCCGGAAAUCCAUAUAUUUUGAAUAUUUCCUGGCUGCUUGCUGUGAGUGAAGUUUUUUCAAGGGUAAAACAUUAUUGGAAUGACCAUGUCAAUUUAUUCAGAUUUAAUUCUUACAUUUAAUGCGAAAACUUGUUUUUUUUUUUUUUUAAAUUUGUCAACAACUUUCUCAUUCAAUUUUUUAUUUCUACGGAAACUUUUCCCAGGAGAUGUAUGACAAAAUCUGGUUAGAUAGAACAACAUAUACUUUUUUGAGCUUGGUUAAUAUUGCUAUACCACGAGUGCCGAUUUCUGGAACCCUGAUAAAGCAUGGCGUGAUCUGUAUUUGGGAUGAUAUUUUAUGAGCUCCUACUAUUGCAUUAAAACAUACUACUGCUGUAUGAGCAUAAUUGUUUGCAAUUGUGAUGUGAUUAUCUACCUUAUAAUGUGAACAAUUAUUUUUUAAUUACUACACGUUUGCAUUUGGUGAACCUGCUGUCUUAAGAAUGUGUGAUAUUACUACUGCAGUGGUAUGUCUCUUACAAGGAGCUGUCUCACUGCCAUGGACUGGGGCACUUCCCAUGAUAAGGGUGACCUCUGAGUUUUUUAAUUUAAUUUUUAAAAAGUCAGAUAGAUUUCUGUGCAGGUUAGUAGUAUUUGUUGUAUGAUUCAAAUGUGAAUAUCUGUCAUAAAUGGACUUUGUGCAAAAAUCUGAGAUGAACACAUCUGAGAUGAACACUUUAUGUUUUUGUAUAUGUCAUAAGUUGGGUGAACAUGCAGAUAUGUCUGUCAUUUAUCAGAUUGUUGCGAGGGCCAUAAAACCUCUACUAAAACAAAAAACCUUUAUCAGAUUAAAGGUUUAUGCAUCUGAUAGAAAAUUGAGAUAUAUACCAUAGGGAAUAAACUAUGAGGACGUUCUUAUCGAGCUGA